AUGGAGGAGGAGAAAGCGGCGGCGUACUAUCAGGAUCUCGUGCGGCGCGGGUCCAACGCGGCGCGAUUCAAGCAAGGCCUCGGCUUCGACUCCAGCUCAGCCGCUGACGCCAGCGCCGAUGGCGGCGACGGCGGCGCGGUUUGGACCAAAGGCGGUGCGGGGUUGACGUUCGUGGCCGCAAAAGGCGGCGCCGCAUCGUUCGAGCGGGAGAAUCUGGAACCGCCGAACCAGAAGUCACCGGGAGGCGGCGCGGCGCCAAUCGCGGAGACAUUUGCGGAGUCGUUCGAGCGGAAGCUACAGGCGGGUCUGGCGGAAGCGCGCGUGGCGAGCGUGCGCGAUAAGCUGCGGAGGGGCGGAAGCGAUGGGGGAAACGCGGGCAGGCGGGCGGAUAGGGGAGGAGAUGAGGGGAGGAGCGCGGAGCGGAAGGACGUGCGCGCACAGCAGCUCAAGGAGAGAAUGGCACAACAGUUCCAACGCGCAGCCGCCAAGGAGGCAGCAACAGACAAAGCGACAGGGCUGGGCGGCGAGUGGGAGCGGUUUGAAUUCGAUUCUGCCGCCCCACUGGAAGAGGAGAGGGAUGCAGAUGCUGACGUGGAUGAUGCAGAUCCGACGGCUGGGAUGGCCAGUGCUGAUGCACUGGGAGGUGCACACGAUCUUGCUCAUCUGGAUCAAAUCAAAUUUUCUUUCGUCUUCUCUUCCUUCUCAAACCGUGGCGCUGCCACGCAGGAAGCACAUGAAAAUGCAAUCUUUGGAGCACCACCGACUGCAGCCAGUGAGAAGCUGCCACGUGGACAUUCCAGCAAGGCGUCAGAAGGUAGCAGGAAAGAUGGGCAACGUCCUGACAAAACCCGCCAGCCAAGUGACCAGGGGCGGGAGGAGAGAGCAGGGGAGAGAGGGGCGGAAAGGAGGAGCGAGAACCGAAGGGAUGGAUGGCGGGACAUGGAGAGGGAUGAGAGGAGGGAUCGCAGGCGUGGCGAAGGAAGGGGAGAUGGACAGGAUUGGUUGCGAGAGGGGUCGAGAGACAGGAGGGAGGGGAGGGAGGGAGGUCGAGGUAAGGAUGAAAGGAAUGAGAAGGAGAAGGAGAAGGAGAAGCAGCACAGGGAGAAGGAAGAGCAGCAAACAGGAGCAGCAAGCUCAGGUGGUGGGUGUGCAGCAGCAGUGGAAAGCAAGUUUUCCCUGUCUGGAAGGAAGGGCGGGAGCAGCAGUAGUGCUGCUGGCGCCGCUGCCCCUGAUGCGUUCACAGCAGCAGUGGCGGCAGCAUUGGGAGUGGAGGAAGAGGAUGACGAGGAGAGUGUUCCUGUCAUCGUGGGGCUUGUGGUCGACACACGCCCUGCUGGUGAAAGCACACGCAAUGCUGCUUUUGACACAGUCCAGCCACACGCGCAAGCAGUGCAGGAUGAGGAUGCUGGUGUGCCAGCUGGCACGCCGCCAUUGGAAGGGGGGUUGGCUGGGGAGGCAGCAGGAGCAGGAAGGACGGAGGGUGGGGUGGUUUCGGUGUGCAAUGGGCAGCAACAGGCUGCUGCUCGUCAACAAGUGGCGUCGUGGAAGCAACGUGCGCUGCAGCUCAAGGCAGCUAGAGCAGCCAGUCAGCAGCAGUGA